CUCCUCAACGCGCCUCUCAAGGUGCACGCACUGCUUCAGCACAGCGCCAUGGCAUGGGUGGUACCCCUUCCCCAAAACCCCGCCCACCCAUUCCUCCCUACCUGCACAUACCACUCUGCACCCACCUGUCCUUCCAGCUCCUCAACGCGCCUCUCAAGGUGCACGCACUGCUUCAGCACAGCGCCAUGGCAUGGGUGGUACCCCUUCCCCAAAACCCCGCCCACCCAUUCCUCCCUACCUGCACAUACCACUCUGCACCCACCUGUCCUUCCAGCUCCUCAACGCGCCUCUCAAGGUGCACGCACUGCUUCAGCACAGCGCCAUGGCAUGGGUGGUACCCCUUCCCCAAAACCCCGCCCACCCAUUCCUCCCUACCUGCACAUACCACUCUGCACCCACCUGUCCUUCCAGCUCCUCAACGCGCCUCUCAAGGUGCACGCACUGCUUCAGCACAGCGCCAUGGCAUGGGUGGUACCCCUUCCCCAAAACCCCGCCCACCCAUUCCUCCCUACCUGCACAUACCACUCUGCACCCACCUGUCCUUCCAGCUCCUCAACGCGCCUCUCAAGGUGCACGCACUGCUUCAGCACAGCGCCAUGGCAUGGGUGGUACCCCUUCCCCAAAACCCCGCCCACCCAUUCCUCCCUACCUGCACAUACCACUCUGCACCCACCUGUCCUUCCAGCUCCUCAACGCGCCUCUCAAGGUGCACGCACUGCUUCAGCACAGCGCCAUGGCAUGGGUGGUACCCCUUCCCCAAAACCCCGCCCACCCAUUCCUCCCUACCUGCACAUACCACUCUGCACCCACCUGUCCUUCCAGCUCCUCAACGCGCCUCUCAAGGUGCACGCACUGCUUCAGCACAGCGCCAUGGCAUGGGUGGUACCCCUUCCCCAAAACCCCGCCCACCCAUUCCUCCCUACCUGCACAUACCAUUCUGCACCCACCUGUCCUUCCAGCUCCUCAACGCGCCUCUCAAGGUGCACGCACUGCUUCAGCACAGCGCCAUGGCAUGGGUGGUACCCCUUCCCCAAAACCCCGCCCACCCAUUCCUCCCUACCUGCACAUACCACUCUGCACCCACCUGUCCUUCCAGCUCCUCAACGCGCCUCUCAAGGUGCACGCACUGCUUCAGCACAGCGCCAUGGCAUGGGUGGUACCCCUUCCCCAAAACCCCGCCCACCCAUUCCUCCCUACCUGCACAUACCACUCUGCACCCACCUGUCCUUCCAGCUCCUCAACGCGCCUCUCAAGGUGCACGCACUGCUUCAGCACAGCGCCAUGGCAUGGGUGGUACCCCUUCCCCAAAACCCCGCCCACCCAUUCCUCCCUACCUGCACAUACCACUCUGCACCCACCUGUCCUUCCAGCUCCUCAACGCGCCUCUCAAGGUGCACGCACUGCUUCAGCACAGCGCCAUGGCAUGGGUGGUACCCCUUCCCCAAAACCCCGCCCACCCAUUCCUCCCUACCUGCACAUACCACUCUGCACCCACCUGUCCUUCCAGCUCCUCAACGCGCCUCUCAAGGUGCACGCACUGCUUCAGCACAGCGCCAUGGCAUGGGUGGUACCCCUUCCCCAAAACCCCGCCCACCCAUUCCUCCCUACCUGCACAUACCACUCUGCACCCACCUGUCCUUCCAGCUCCUCAACGCGCCUCUCAAGGUGCACGCACUGCUUCAGCACAGCGCCAUGGCAUGGGUGGUACCCCUUCCCCAAAACCCCGCCCACCCAUUCCUCCCUACCUGCACAUACCACUCUGCACCCACCUGUCCUUCCAGCUCCUCAACGCGCCUCUCAAGGUGCACGCACUGCUUCAGCACAGCGCCAUGGCAUGGGUGGUACCCCUUCCCCAAAACCCCGCCCACCCAUUCCUCCCUACCUGCACAUACCACUCUGCACCCACCUGUCCUUCCAGCUCCUCAACGCGCCUCUCAAGGUGCACGCACUGCUUCAGCACAGCGCCAUGGCAUGGGUGGUACCCCUUCCCCAAAACCCCGCCCACCCAUUCCUCCCUACCUGCACAUACCACUCUGCACCCACCUGUCCUUCCAGCUCCUCAACGCGCCUCUCCAGGUGCACGCACUGCUUCAGCACAGCGCCAUGGCAUGGGUGGUACCCCUUCCCCAAAACCCCGCCCACCCAUUCCUCCCUACCUGCACAUACCACUCUGCACCCACCUGUCCUUCCAGCUCCUCAACGCGCCUCUCAAGGUGCACGCACUGCUUCAGCACAGCGCCAUGGCAUGGGUGGUACCCCUUCCCCAAAACCCCGCCCACCCAUUCCUCCCUACCUGCACAUACCACUCUGCACCCACCUGUCCUUCCAGCUCCUCAACGCGCCUCUCAAGGUGCACGCACUGCUUCAGCACAGCGCCAUGGCAUGGGUGGUACCCCUUCCCCAAAACCCCGCCCACCCAUUCCUCCCUACCUGCACAUACCACUCUGCACCCACCUGUCCUUCCAGCUCCUCAACGCGCCUCUCAAGGUGCACGCACUGCUUCAGCACAGCGCCAUGGCAUGGGUGGUACCCCUUCCCCAAAACCCCGCCCACCCAUUCCUCCCUACCUGCACAUACCACUCUGCACCCACCUGUCCUUCCAGCUCCUCAACGCGCCUCUCAAGGUGCACGCACUGCUUCAGCACAGCGCCAUGGCAUGGGUGGUACCCCUUCCCCAAAACCCCGCCCACCCAUUCCUCCCUACCUGCACAUACCACUCUGCACCCACCUGUCCUUCCAGCUCCUCAACGCGCCUCUCCAGGUGCACGCACUGCUUCAGCACAGCGCCAUGGCAUGGGUGGUACCCCUUCCCCAAAACCCCGCCCACCCAUUCCUCCCUACCUGCACAUACCACUCUGCACCCACCUGUCCUUCCAGCUCCUCAACGCGCCUCUCAAGGUGCACGCACUGCUUCAGCACAGCGCCAUGGCAUGGGUGGUACCCCUUCCCCAAAACCCCGCCCACCCAUUCCUCCCUACCUGCACAUACCACUCUGCACCCACCUGUCCUUCCAGCUCCUCAACGCGCCUCUCAAGGUGCACGCACUGCUUCAGCACAGCGCCAUGGCAUGGGUGGUACCCCUUCCCCAAAACCCCGCCCACCCAUUCCUCCCUACCUGCACAUACCACUCUGCACCCACCUGUCCUUCCAGCUCCUCAACGCGCCUCUCAAGGUGCACGCACUGCUUCAGCACAGCGCCAUGGCAUGGGUGGUACCCCUUCCCCAAAACCCCGCCCACCCAUUCCUCCCUACCUGCACAUACCACUCUGCACCCACCUGUCCUUCCAGCUCCUCAACGCGCCUCUCCAGGUGCACGCACUGCUUCAGCACAGCGCCAUGGCAUGGGUGGUACCCCUUCCCCAAAACCCCGCCCACCCAUUCCUCCCUACCUGCACAUACCACUCUGCACCCACCUGUCCUUCCAGCUCCUCAACGCGCCUCUCAAGGUGCACGCACUGCUUCAGCACAGCGCCAUGGCAUGGGUGGUACCCCUUCCCCAAAACCCCGCCCACCCAUUCCUCCCUACCUGCACAUACCACUCUGCACCCACCUGUCCUUCCAGCUCCUCAACGCGCCUCUCCAGGUGCACGCACUGCUUCAGCACAGCGCCAUGGCAUGGGUGGUACCCCUUCCCCAAAACCCCGCCCACCCAUUCCUCCCUACCUGCACAUACCACUCUGCACCCACCUGUCCUUCCAGCUCCUCAACGCGCCUCUCCAGGUGCACGCACUGCUUCAGCACAGCGCCAUGGCAUGGGUGGUACCCCUUCCCCAAAACCCCGCCCACCCAUUCCUCCCUACCUGCACAUACCACUCUGCACCCACCUGUCCUUCCAGCUCCUCAACGCGCCUCUCAAGGUGCACGCACUGCUUCAGCACAGCGCCAUGGCAUGGGUGGUACCCCUUCCCCAAAACCCCGCCCACCCAUUCCUCCCUACCUGCACAUACCACUCUGCACCCACCUGUCCUUCCAGCUCCUCAACGCGCCUCUCAAGGUGCACGCACUGCUUCAGCACAGCGCCAUGGCAUGGGUGGUACCCCUUCCCCAAAACCCCGCCCACCCAUUCCUCCCUACCUGCACAUACCACUCUGCACCCACCUGUCCUUCCAGCUCCUCAACGCGCCUCUCCAGGUGCACGCACUGCUUCAGCACAGCGCCAUGGCAUGGGUGGUACCCCUUCCCCAAAACCCCGCCCACCCAUUCCUCCCUACCUGCACAUACCACUCUGCACCCACCUGUCCUUCCAGCUCCUCAACGCGCCUCUCCAGGUGCACGCACUGCUUCAGCACAGCGCCAUGGCAUGGGUGGUACCCCUUCCCCAAAACCCCGCCCACCCAUUCCUCCCUACCUGCACAUACCACUCUGCACCCACCUGUCCUUCCAGCUCCUCAACGCGCCUCUCAAGGUGCACGCACUGCUUCAGCACAGCGCCAUGGCAUGGGUGGUACCCCUUCCCCAAAACCCCGCCCACCCAUUCCUCCCUACCUGCACAUACCACUCUGCACCCACCUGUCCUUCCAGCUCCUCAACGCGCCUCUCCAGGUGCACGCACUGCUUCAGCACAGCGCCAUGGCAUGGGUGGUACCCCUUCCCCAAAACCCCGCCCACCCAUUCCUCCCUACCUGCACAUACCACUCUGCACCCACCUGUCCUUCCAGCUCCUCAACGCGCCUCUCCAGGUGCACGCACUGCUUCAGCACAGCGCCAUGGCAUGGGUGGUACCCCUUCCCCAAAACCCCGCCCACCCAUUCCUCCCUACCUGCACAUACCACUCUGCACCCACCUGUCCUUCCAGCUCCUCAACGCGCCUCUCAAGGUGCACGCACUGCUUCAGCACAGCGCCAUGGCAUGGGUGGUACCCCUUCCCCAAAACCCCGCCCACCCAUUCCUCCCUACCUGCACAUACCACUCUGCACCCACCUGUCCUUCCAGCUCCUCAACGCGCCUCUCAAGGUGCACGCACUGCUUCAGCACAGCGCCAUGGCAUGGGUGGUACCCCUUCCCCAAAACCCCGCCCACCCAUUCCUCCCUACCUGCACAUACCACUCUGCACCCACCUGUCCUUCCAGCUCCUCAACGCGCCUCUCCAGGUGCACGCACUGCUUCAGCACAGCGCCAUGGCAUGGGUGGUACCCCUUCCCCAAAACCCCGCCCACCCAUUCCUCCCUACCUGCACAUACCACUCUGCACCCACCUGUCCUUCCAGCUCCUCAACGCGCCUCUCCAGGUGCACGCACUGCUUCAGCACAGCGCCAUGGCAUGGGUGGUACCCCUUCCCCAAAACCCCGCCCACCCAUUCCUCCCUACCUGCACAUACCACUCUGCACCCACCUGUCCUUCCAGCUCCUCAACGCGCCUCUCCAGGUGCACGCACUGCUUCAGCACAGCGCCAUGGCAUGGGUGGUACCCCUUCCCCAAAACCCCGCCCACCCAUUCCUCCCUACCUGCACAUACCACUCUGCACCCACCUGUCCUUCCAGCUCCUCAACGCGCCUCUCAAGGUGCACGCACUGCUUCAGCACAGCGCCAUGGCAUGGGUGGUACCCCUUCCCCAAAACCCCGCCCACCCAUUCCUCCCUACCUGCACAUACCACUCUGCACCCACCUGUCCUUCCAGCUCCUCAACGCGCCUCUCAAGGUGCACGCACUGCUUCAGCACAGCGCCAUGGCAUGGGUGGUACCCCUUCCCCAAAACCCCGCCCACCCAUUCCUCCCUACCUGCACAUACCACUCUGCACCCACCUGUCCUUCCAGCUCCUCAACGCGCCUCUCCAGGUGCACGCACUGCUUCAGCACAGCGCCAUGGCAUGGGUGGUACCCCUUCCCCAAAACCCCGCCCACCCAUUCCUCCCUACCUGCACAUACCACUCUGCACCCACCUGUCCUUCCAGCUCCUCAACGCGCCUCUCAAGGUGCACGCACUGCUUCAGCACAGCGCCAUGGCAUGGGUGGUACCCCUUCCCCAAAACCCCGCCCACCCAUUCCUCCCUACCUGCACAUACCACUCUGCACCCACCUGUCCUUCCAGCUCCUCAACGCGCCUCUCAAGGUGCACGCACUGCUUCAGCACAGCGCCAUGGCAUGGGUGGUACCCCUUCCCCAAAACCCCGCCCACCCAUUCCUCCCUACCUGCACAUACCACUCUGCACCCACCUGUCCUUCCAGCUCCUCAACGCGCCUCUCCAGGUGCACGCACUGCUUCAGCACAGCGCCAUGGCAUGGGUGGUACCCCUUCCCCAAAACCCCGCCCACCCAUUCCUCCCUACCUGCACAUACCACUCUGCACCCACCUGUCCUUCCAGCUCCUCAACGCGCCUCUCCAGGUGCACGCACUGCUUCAGCACAGCGCCAUGGCAUGGGUGGUACCCCUUCCCCAAAACCCCGCCCACCCAUUCCUCCCUACCUGCACAUACCACUCUGCACCCACCUGUCCUUCCAGCUCCUCAACGCGCCUCUCCAGGUGCACGCACUGCUUCAGCACAGCGCCAUGGCAUGGGUGGUACCCCUUCCCCAAAACCCCGCCCACCCAUUCCUCCCUACCUGCACAUACCACUCUGCACCCACCUGUCCUUCCAGCUCCUCAACGCGCCUCUCAAGGUGCACGCACUGCUUCAGCACAGCGCCAUGGCAUGGGUGGUACCCCUUCCCCAAAACCCCGCCCACCCAUUCCUCCCUACCUGCACAUACCACUCUGCACCCACCUGUCCUUCCAGCUCCUCAACGCGCCUCUCAAGGUGCACGCACUGCUUCAGCACAGCGCCAUGGCAUGGGUGGUACCCCUUCCCCAAAACCCCGCCCACCCAUUCCUCCCUACCUGCACAUACCACUCUGCACCCACCUGUCCUUCCAGCUCCUCAACGCGCCUCUCAAGGUGCACGCACUGCUUCAGCACAGCGCCAUGGCAUGGGUGGUACCCCUUCCCCAAAACCCCGCCCACCCAUUCCUCCCUACCUGCACAUACCACUCUGCACCCACCUGUCCUUCCAGCUCCUCAACGCGCCUCUCCAGGUGCACGCACUGCUUCAGCACAGCGCCAUGGCAUGGGUGGUACCCCUUCCCCAAAACCCCGCCCACCCAUUCCUCCCUACCUGCACAUACCACUCUGCACCCACCUGUCCUUCCAGCUCCUCAACGCGCCUCUCCAGGUGCACGCACUGCUUCAGCACAGCGCCAUGGCAUGGGUGGUACCCCUUCCCCAAAACCCCGCCCACCCAUUCCUCCCUACCUGCACAUACCACUCUGCACCCACCUGUCCUUCCAGCUCCUCAACGCGCCUCUCCAGGUGCACGCACUGCUUCAGCACAGCGCCAUGGCAUGGGUGGUACCCCUUCCCCAAAACCCCGCCCACCCAUUCCUCCCUACCUGCACAUACCACUCUGCACCCACCUGUCCUUCCAGCUCCUCAACGCGCCUCUCAAGGUGCACGCACUGCUUCAGCACAGCGCCAUGGCAUGGGUGGUACCCCUUCCCCAAAACCCCGCCCACCCAUUCCUCCCUACCUGCACAUACCACUCUGCACCCACCUGUCCUUCCAGCUCCUCAACGCGCCUCUCCAGGUGCACGCACUGCUUCAGCACAGCGCCAUGGCAUGGGUGGUACCCCUUCCCCAAAACCCCGCCCACCCAUUCCUCCCUACCUGCACAUACCACUCUGCACCCACCUGUCCUUCCAGCUCCUCAACGCGCCUCUCAAGGUGCACGCACUGCUUCAGCACAGCGCCAUGGCAUGGGUGGUACCCCUUCCCCAAAACCCCGCCCACCCAUUCCUCCCUACCUGCACAUACCACUCUGCACCCACCUGUCCUUCCAGCUCCUCAACGCGCCUCUCAAGGUGCACGCACUGCUUCAGCACAGCGCCAUGGCAUGGGUGGUACCCCUUCCCCAAAACCCCGCCCACCCAUUCCUCCCUACCUGCACAUACCACUCUGCACCCACCUGUCCUUCCAGCUCCUCAACGCGCCUCUCAAGGUGCACGCACUGCUUCAGCACAGCGCCAUGGCAUGGGUGGUACCCCUUCCCCAAAACCCCGCCCACCCAUUCCUCCCUACCUGCACAUACCACUCUGCACCCACCUGUCCUUCCAGCUCCUCAACGCGCCUCUCAAGGUGCACGCACUGCUUCAGCACAGCGCCAUGGCAUGGGUGGUACCCCUUCCCCAAAACCCCGCCCACCCAUUCCUCCCUACCUGCACAUACCACUCUGCACCCACCUGUCCUUCCAGCUCCUCAACGCGCCUCUCAAGGUGCACGCACUGCUUCAGCACAGCGCCAUGGCAUGGGUGGUACCCCUUCCCCAAAACCCCGCCCACCCAUUCCUCCCUACCUGCACAUACCACUCUGCACCCACCUGUCCUUCCAGCUCCUCAACGCGCCUCUCCAGGUGCACGCACUGCUUCAGCACAGCGCCAUGGCAUGGGUGGUACCCCUUCCCCAAAACCCCGCCCACCCAUUCCUCCCUACCUGCACAUACCACUCUGCACCCACCUGUCCUUCCAGCUCCUCAACGCGCCUCUCAAGGUGCACGCACUGCUUCAGCACAGCGCCAUGGCAUGGGUGGUACCCCUUCCCCAAAACCCCGCCCACCCAUUCCUCCCUACCUGCACAUACCACUCUGCACCCACCUGUCCUUCCAGCUCCUCAACGCGCCUCUCAAGGUGCACGCACUGCUUCAGCACAGCGCCAUGGCAUGGGUGGUACCCCUUCCCCAAAACCCCGCCCACCCAUUCCUCCCUACCUGCACAUACCACUCUGCACCCACCUGUCCUUCCAGCUCCUCAACGCGCCUCUCAAGGUGCACGCACUGCUUCAGCACAGCGCCAUGGCAUGGGUGGUACCCCUUCCCCAAAACCCCGCCCACCCAUUCCUCCCUACCUGCACAUACCACUCUGCACCCACCUGUCCUUCCAGCUCCUCAACGCGCCUCUCAAGGUGCACGCACUGCUUCAGCACAGCGCCAUGGCAUGGGUGGUACCCCUUCCCCAAAACCCCGCCCACCCAUUCCUCCCUACCUGCACAUACCACUCUGCACCCACCUGUCCUUCCAGCUCCUCAACGCGCCUCUCAAGGUGCACGCACUGCUUCAGCACAGCGCCAUGGCAUGGGUGGUACCCCUUCCCCAAAACCCCGCCCACCCAUUCCUCCCUACCUGCACAUACCACUCUGCACCCACCUGUCCUUCCAGCUCCUCAACGCGCCUCUCAAGGUGCACGCACUGCUUCAGCACAGCGCCAUGGCAUGGGUGGUACCCCUUCCCCAAAACCCCGCCCACCCAUUCCUCCCUACCUGCACAUACCACUCUGCACCCACCUGUCCUUCCAGCUCCUCAACGCGCCUCUCAAGGUGCACGCACUGCUUCAGCACAGCGCCAUGGCAUGGGUGGUACCCCUUCCCCAAAACCCCGCCCACCCAUUCCUCCCUACCUGCACAUACCACUCUGCACCCACCUGUCCUUCCAGCUCCUCAACGCGCCUCUCAAGGUGCACGCACUGCUUCAGCACAGCGCCAUGGCAUGGGUGGUACCCCUUCCCCAAAACCCCGCCCACCCAUUCCUCCCUACCUGCACAUACCACUCUGCACCCACCUGUCCUUCCAGCUCCUCAACGCGCCUCUCAAGGUGCACGCACUGCUUCAGCACAGCGCCAUGGCAUGGGUGGUACCCCUUCCCCAAAACCCCGCCCACCCAUUCCUCCCUACCUGCACAUACCACUCUGCACCCACCUGUCCUUCCAGCUCCUCAACGCGCCUCUCAAGGUGCACGCACUGCUUCAGCACAGCGCCAUGGCAUGGGUGGUACCCCUUCCCCAAAACCCCGCCCACCCAUUCCUCCCUACCUGCACAUACCACUCUGCACCCACCUGUCCUUCCAGCUCCUCAACGCGCCUCUCAAGGUGCACGCACUGCUUCAGCACAGCGCCAUGGCAUGGGUGGUACCCCUUCCCCAAAACCCCGCCCACCCAUUCCUCCCUACCUGCACAUACCACUCUGCACCCACCUGUCCUUCCAGCUCCUCAACGCGCCUCUCAAGGUGCACGCACUGCUUCAGCACAGCGCCAUGGCAUGGGUGGUACCCCUUCCCCAAAACCCCGCCCACCCAUUCCUCCCUACCUGCACAUACCACUCUGCACCCACCUGUCCUUCCAGCUCCUCAACGCGCCUCUCAAGGUGCACGCACUGCUUCAGCACAGCGCCAUGGCAUGGGUGGUACCCCUUCCCCAAAACCCCGCCCACCCAUUCCUCCCUACCUGCACAUACCACUCUGCACCCACCUGUCCUUCCAGCUCCUCAACGCGCCUCUCAAGGUGCACGCACUGCUUCAGCACAGCGCCAUGGCAUGGGUGGUACCCCUUCCCCAAAACCCCGCCCACCCAUUCCUCCCUACCUGCACAUACCACUCUGCACCCACCUGUCCUUCCAGCUCCUCAACGCGCCUCUCAAGGUGCACGCACUGCUUCAGCACAGCGCCAUGGCAUGGGUGGUACCCCUUCCCCAAAACCCCGCCCACCCAUUCCUCCCUACCUGCACAUACCACUCUGCACCCACCUGUCCUUCCAGCUCCUCAACGCGCCUCUCAAGGUGCACGCACUGCUUCAGCACAGCGCCAUGGCAUGGGUGGUACCCCUUCCCCAAAACCCCGCCCACCCAUUCCUCCCUACCUGCACAUACCACUCUGCACCCACCUGUCCUUCCAGCUCCUCAACGCGCCUCUCAAGGUGCACGCACUGCUUCAGCACAGCGCCAUGGCAUGGGUGGUACCCCUUCCCCAAAACCCCGCCCACCCAUUCCUCCCUACCUGCACAUACCACUCUGCACCCACCUGUCCUUCCAGCUCCUCAACGCGCCUCUCAAGGUGCACGCACUGCUUCAGCACAGCGCCAUGGCAUGGGUGGUACCCCUUCCCCAAAACCCCGCCCACCCAUUCCUCCCUACCUGCACAUACCACUCUGCACCCACCUGUCCUUCCAGCUCCUCAACGCGCCUCUCAAGGUGCACGCACUGCUUCAGCACAGCGCCAUGGCAUGGGUGGUACCCCUUCCCCAAAACCCCGCCCACCCAUUCCUCCCUACCUGCACAUACCACUCUGCACCCACCUGUCCUUCCAGCUCCUCAACGCGCCUCUCAAGGUGCACGCACUGCUUCAGCACAGCGCCAUGGCAUGGGUGGUACCCCUUCCCCAAAACCCCGCCCACCCAUUCCUCCCUACCUGCACAUACCACUCUGCACCCACCUGUCCUUCCAGCUCCUCAACGCGCCUCUCAAGGUGCACGCACUGCUUCAGCACAGCGCCAUGGCAUGGGUGGUACCCCUUCCCCAAAACCCCGCCCACCCAUUCCUCCCUACCUGCACAUACCACUCUGCACCCACCUGUCCUUCCAGCUCCUCAACGCGCCUCUCAAGGUGCACGCACUGCUUCAGCACAGCGCCAUGGCAUGGGUGGUACCCCUUCCCCAAAACCCCGCCCACCCAUUCCUCCCUACCUGCACAUACCACUCUGCACCCACCUGUCCUUCCAGCUCCUCAACGCGCCUCUCAAGGUGCACGCACUGCUUCAGCACAGCGCCAUGGCAUGGGUGGUACCCCUUCCCCAAAACCCCGCCCACCCAUUCCUCCCUACCUGCACAUACCACUCUGCACCCACCUGUCCUUCCAGCUCCUCAACGCGCCUCUCAAGGUGCACGCACUGCUUCAGCACAGCGCCAUGGCAUGGGUGGUACCCCUUCCCCAAAACCCCGCCCACCCAUUCCUCCCUACCUGCACAUACCACUCUGCACCCACCUGUCCUUCCAGCUCCUCAACGCGCCUCUCAAGGUGCACGCACUGCUUCAGCACAGCGCCAUGGCAUGGGUGGUACCCCUUCCCCAAAACCCCGCCCACCCAUUCCUCCCUACCUGCACAUACCACUCUGCACCCACCUGUCCUUCCAGCUCCUCAACGCGCCUCUCAAGGUGCACGCACUGCUUCAGCACAGCGCCAUGGCAUGGGUGGUACCCCUUCCCCAAAACCCCGCCCACCCAUUCCUCCCUACCUGCACAUACCACUCUGCACCCACCUGUCCUUCCAGCUCCUCAACGCGCCUCUCAAGGUGCACGCACUGCUUCAGCACAGCGCCAUGGCAUGGGUGGUACCCCUUCCCCAAAACCCCGCCCACCCAUUCCUCCCUACCUGCACAUACCACUCUGCACCCACCUGUCCUUCCAGCUCCUCAACGCGCCUCUCAAGGUGCACGCACUGCUUCAGCACAGCGCCAUGGCAUGGGUGGUACCCCUUCCCCAAAACCCCGCCCACCCAUUCCUCCCUACCUGCACAUACCACUCUGCACCCACCUGUCCUUCCAGCUCCUCAACGCGCCUCUCAAGGUGCACGCACUGCUUCAGCACAGCGCCAUGGCAUGGGUGGUACCCCUUCCCCAAAACCCCGCCCACCCAUUCCUCCCUACCUGCACAUACCACUCUGCACCCACCUGUCCUUCCAGCUCCUCAACGCGCCUCUCAAGGUGCACGCACUG